GUAAGAAUAGUUACAUGUAUAGAGGAAAUUUAGGCUAAUUAGGGGAAAUAACCCCCUCUGGGUUAGUGAUAAGAGAUAAUAGCAGAAUAUUUGAAAAGAAAUGCUACUUUGUAUUCAUAUUAACUAAGCUAGAAUUUUUCCCUACUCCUUCUUCACAGUGUUCCAACCUCCAUCUCUUUUACCCAUGCUACUUUCAUCAUGAGGUACAAGAGUUGUAUUACUGUGAUUCUCAUAAUUUGGGUGGGGGAGGGGGAUCACUUAUCUACUUGGCCCUUUUCUUAGAAUAUGGCAUUUGAAACACUCUUGUCUUCUUGAAACAUUUAGAAAAUUGCAGUAAUGACAUCUUUCCUGCGGUUCCUUUUAUCUCCUUAAUAUAUAUCUGGUAUAUUUAAAAUCUCUUGAUUACCAUUUUCUCUUUGAGUGCUUCAGCCAUGAUGCCCCAGAGUCUAAGUGAACUUGGGUACUGACUAGAGAUUCAGAUUUCAUUUCCUUUGUGUUCAGGCAACUUUAAGCAGAGCUCAUGAAUUUGCAUUCCCCACAGGUCCAAUUUAUUACUGAUCUCUAUUCCUGUAUCCUAGGAGACUGUGUUAGGAAUUUGUACACACCUUUGUCUCAUUUUCCUAAACCUAAAUGUUUGACCUUAACACUAUUAGCUGGUUGUCAAGUUCUGUUCACAGCGUGAUUGGUACAUGGUAGUACUAGCGGUACUCUAGGCCCAAUGUGUUUUGACACAUUAUCUAUGUGAGAGAGAAAUGUUCAGCCACUCCUGGGAAGUCAGACUGAGUCAACUUACCUAUCUAGCAAAGUGGAUGAAGAAUGUAGGAGAAGGCGAGCCACAUAGCAGUCUGAUCUUUUAAUGUACGUUGACCUGCUGGUGUAUAGCCCAAUCAGUGUACUAGAAUUUGAACUAAGUAAGAAUUAAUUUUCUUCCCUUCUGAGAAGGAUCAAGGGUAUCCCAAGAGUAUUGACAUUUUGGCUUGGAUAAUUCUUGUUAUGGAGUUGUUCUAUGCAUAGUAGGAUGUUUAGUGGCAUCCCUGGUCUCUACCCACUAUAUGUCAGUAGGACUCCGUACCUAUGGUUGUGGCAAUCAGAAAUGUUUCCGGACAUUGCCAAAUGUUUCCUGGGGUGCAGAAUAGCCCAUUUGAGAACUAUAGCCCUACAUUUAUGCUUGUAUCCUUGCACUUUUGAUUAUAUGGUGAGGACAAAUUCUUGUAAGAUGGAUUGCUGUUUAUGUACAUUUUAAUUAUUUCGGUAACUCCAGAAGGGCCAUACUGAUUUACAUUCCUAAAACAAUGUGGGAAUUGCAUAUUUCUCUAGACCCUCAUCAGUGCUGGGUUGUGUCAGUCUUUUUAAUCUUAGCCAGUCUGAUGGAUGAGAAAUUAUGUUUCUGUAAUUUUAAUUUAAUUCAAACAAUUAUUAAGUUGAAUAUAUUUUCAUUUUUUAUUGGCCACUUGCCAGUAAAAUUUUUGUGCAUUGUUUGUUUUCACUCUGCCCAUUUUUCUGGGAGUACUAACUUGGUGAUUUGUGGGUUUAUGGGAUUGUUUUUCUAUAGAAAUUUUUCAUUGUUACAUGGUCGGGAUUAUCUGUCUUUAUCUAUGGUUUCUGACUUUUACAGCUAGCUUUUUGCUUAUUGCUUUUCUAAUAGAUUUAAUUUACUGAGAUGUUAUAUAUAAGAUGCUCAGUAGAUUUUUUUAAAAUCAUUUUACUGUGGUAAAAGUAUAUAUAGCAAAACAUUUGCCUAUUCAACAUUUUUUACAUACACCUUUCAGUGACAUUGGUUAUGUUCAUCACAUUAUGCAGCAAUCAGCACUAUUCUUUUCCAAAUUAUUUUACCACCAUUGACAGAAACACAGUGCCCACUAAGAUAAGACUCACUCUUUCUCCCUCCCUUCCACUCCUGGUAACCCCUAAUAAACUUUGGUCUCUAGACAUCUGUCUGUCUCUUGUAAGUGGGAUCAUACAAUAUUUGUCCUUGGGUGACUGAUUUCACUGAGCAUAUGUUUUCAAGAUUCAUCCAUGUUGUAGCAUGCCUCGGGACUUUGUUUCUCUUUAUGGUAAAGUAAUAGUCCGUUGUAUGAACAUACCACAUUUUGUUUAUUCAGUUUUCUGUUGAUGCACAUUUAGGCUGUUUCCAUCUUUUAGCUAUUGUGAACAGUACUGCAGUAAACUUUGGUGUACAAUUAUCUGUUUGUCUGCCUGCUUUCAAUUCUUUGGGGUAUACACCUAGGAUUAGGAUUGUUGAGUCAUAUGGUAAUUCUGUGUUUAACUUUUUGAGGAAAUGCCACACUGUUUUCCACAGUGGCAGUCAUAGAAUUUUAAAUUAAAUUGAAUGUACAAGAACAUUGGUGCUUUUCCAAGGAAAGAGUGUGUGCGCGUGUGCAUGUGGUCAUGUGUGCCCGAGUGUGUAUGCAUCCUCCCCACCAAGAUAAGCAUUUAAGGCUAUAAAAUUCGCUCCCCUCUAAACACUGCCUUCUCUGCAUUCUACAAAUACUUAUAUAUUGUAUUUUAUUAUCAUUUCAUUCAGAUUAUUUUCAGAUUUCCACUGUUAUUUCUUUUUUGCUCCAUAGAUUAUUUAGAAGUGCAUUGUUUACUUUUUAAACAUUUGGGGUUUUUCUAGAUGUCUUAUUAUUAUUACUGAUUUUUAAUUCAGUUUUGUUCAAACCAUGCAUGUAUUUAAUGCUUUUAAAUUUGAUUUAUCAGCAUACGGUAUCUCUUGGUGAACGUACCAUGUAUACUUGAAAAGAAAAUGUAUUCUGCAGUUGUUGGGUGUAGUGUUCUAAACAUGUAGAUUAGGUCAAGGUGGUUGAUAGUAUUGUCUGGGUCUUCUAAACCUCUAUUGAUUUUUUUUUUGUAGGAGGGCUCUGACUCUUCUAUCAAUUGCUGAGAGAGGGGCAUUAAAGUUCCAACCAUAAUGGUGUGAAGUUUUUCAACAUGAGUGGCCUCGGGGAUAGUUCAUCUGACCCUGCUAACCCAGACUCACAUAAGAGAAAAGGAUCGCCAUGUGACACGCUGGCAUCAAGCACUGAAAAGAGGCGCAGGGAGCAAGAAAAUAAAUAUUUAGAAGAGCUAGCUGAGUUACUUUCUGCCAACAUCAGUGACAUUGACAGCUUGAGUGUGAAACCAGACAAAUGCAAGAUUUUGAAAAAGACAGUGGAUCAGAUACAGCUAAUGAAAAGGAUGGAACAAGAGAAAUCAACAACUGAUGAUGAUGUACAGAAAUCAGACAUUUCAUCGAGUAGUCAAGGAGUGAUUGAAAAGGAAUCUUUGGGGCCUCUUCUUUUGGAGGCUUUGGAUGGAUUUUUCUUUGUUGUGAACUGUGAAGGGAGAAUUGUAUUUGUGUCAGAGAAUGUGACCAGCUACUUGGGUUACAAUCAGGAAGAAUUAAUGAAUACCAGCGUCUACAGCAUACUGCAUGUUGGAGAUCAUGCAGAAUUUGUGAAGAAUCUGCUACCAAAAUCUCUAGUAAAUGGAGUUCCUUGGCCUCAGGAGGCAACACGACGAAAUAGCCAUACCUUUAACUGCAGGAUGCUAAUUCACCCUCCAGAUGAGCCAGGCACGGAGAACCAAGAAGCUUGCCAGCGGUAUGAAGUAAUGCAGUGUUUCACUGUGUCCCAGCCAAAAUCAAUCCAAGAGGAUGGAGAAGAUUUCCAGUCAUGUUUGAUUUGCAUUGCGCGGCGAUUACCUCGGCCUCCAGCUAUUACGGGUGUAGAAUCCUUUAUGACCAAGCAAGAUACUACAGGUAAAAUCAUCUCUAUUGAUACUAGUUCCCUGAGAGCUGCUGGCAGGACCGGCUGGGAAGAUUUAGUGAGAAAGUGCAUUUAUGCUUUUUUCCAACCUCAGGGCAGAGAGCCAUCAUAUGCCAGACAACUGUUUCAAGAAGUGAUGACUCGUGGCACUGCCUCCAGCCCAUCCUAUAGAUUCAUAUUGAAUGAUGGAACAAUGCUUAGCGCCCACACCAAGUGUAAACUUUGCUACCCUCAAACUCCAGACAUGCAACCUUUCAUCAUGGGAAUUCAUAUCAUCGACAGGGAACACAGUGGGCUCUCUCCUCAAGAUGAUACUAAUUCUGGAAUGUCAAUUCCCCGAGUAAACCCCUCGGUCAAUCCUAGUAUCUCUCCAGCUCACACUGUGGUCCGUUCAUCCACAUUGCCACCAUCCAGCAGCAACAUGGUAUCCACCAGAGUAAACCGCCAACAGAGCUCAGACCUUCAUAACAGCAGUCAUAGUAAUUCUAGCAACAGUCAAGGGAGUUUUGGAUGCUCACCUGGAAAUCAGAUUGUAGCCAGUGUUGCCUUAAACCAGGGACAGGCCGGUUCUCAGAGCAGUAAUCCCUCUUUAAACCUCAACAAUUCUUCUAUAGAAGGUACAGGAAUAACCCUAGCACAGUUCAUGUCUCCAAGGAGACAGGUUAGUUCUGGAUUGGCAACCAGGCCUAGGAGGCCAAACAAUUCGUUUUCGCCUAAUAUUCCACCAUUGAGCUCCCCCGUUGGCAUGACAAACAGUGCCUGUAAUAAUAGUAACCGAUCUUAUUCAAACAUCCCAGUAACGUCUUUACAGGGUAUGAAUGAAGGACCCAAUAACUCCGUCAGCUUCUCUGCCAGUUCUCCGGUCCUCAGGCAGAUGAGCUCACAGAAUUCACCUAGCAGAUUAAAUAUACAGCCAACAAAAGCUGAGUCCAGAGACAACAAAGAGAUUACAUCCAUUUUAAAUGAAAUGAUUCAGUCUGACAACAGCUCUAGUGAUGGCAAACCUCUGGAUUCAGGGCUUCUGCAUAACAAUGAUAGACUUUCAGAUGGGGACAAUAAAUACUCUCAAACCAGUCACAAACUAGUGCAGCUUUUGACAACAACUGCAGAGCAGCAAUUACGGCAUGCUGAUAUAGACACCAGUUGUAAAGAUGUACUGUCUUGCACGGGCACUUCCAGCUCUGCCUCUGGUAACUCUUCCAGCGGUUCUUGCCCCUCCUCUCAUAGCUCACUGACAGAACGGCACAAAAUUCUGCACCGGCUCUUACAGGAGGGUAGCCCCUCAGAUAUCACCACUUUGUCUGUCGAGCCAGAUAAAAAGGACAAUGCAUCUACGUCUGUGUCAGUGACUGGACAGGUACAAGGGAACUCCAGUGUAAAACUAGAACUGGAUACUUCAAAGAAGAAAGAGUCAAAAGACCAUCAGCUCCUACGCUACCUUUUAGAUAAAGAUGAGAAAGAUUUAAGAUCAACUCCAAACCUGAGCCUGGAUGAUGUGAAGGUGAAAGUGGAAAAGAAAGAACAGAUGGAUCCUUGUAACACAAACCCAACCCCAGUGACCAAACCUGCCCCUGAGGAAGUUAAACUGGAGUCCCAGAGCCAGUUCACAGCUGACCUUGAUCAGUUUGAUCAGUUACUGCCCACGCUGGAGAAGGCAGCACAGCUGCCAGGCUUAUGUGAAACAGACAGGAUGGACAGUGCAGUUACGAGUGUCCCCAUCAAAUCGGAGAUCCUGCCGACUUCACUUCAGUCCACCACUGCCAGACCCACUACCAGACUGAAUAGGUUGCCUGAGCUCGAAUUGGAAGCAAUUGAUAACCAAUUUGGGCAACAAGGAACAGGUGAUCAGAUUCCAUGGGCAAAUAAUGCAGUGGCAGCUGUAAAUCAGAAUAAACCAGAAGACCAGUGUAUUAGUUCACAAUUAGAUGAGCUUCUCUGUCCUCCAACAACAGUAGAAGGAAGAAAUGAUGAGAAGGCUCUUCUUGAACAGCUGGUAUCUUUCCUCAGUGGCAAAGAUGAAACUGAGCUCGCUGAACUAGACAGAGCUCUGGGGAUUGAUAAACUUGUUCAGGGUGGUGGAUUAGAUGUAUUAUCAGAGAGAUUUCCACCACAACAAGCAACACCACCUUUGAUGAUGGAAGAAAGACCCAACCUUUAUUCCCAGCCUUACUCUUCUCCUUCUCCUACUGCCAAUCUCCCUAGCCCUUUCCAAGGCAUGGUCAGGCAAAAACCUUCACUGGGGACUGUACCUGUUCAAGUAACACCUCCCCGAGGCGCCUUUUCACCUGGCAUGGGCAUGCAGCCCAGGCAAACUCUAAACAGACCUCCAGCUGCACCCAACCAGCUCCGACUUCAACUACAACAGCGGUUACAGGGACAACAGCAGCUGAUACACCAGAAUCGACAAGCUAUCUUAAAUCAGUUUGCAGCAGCUGCUCCUGUUGGCAUCAAUAUGAGAUCAGGCAUGCAGCAGCAAAUUGCACCUCAGCCACCCCUAAAUGCCCAAAUGUUGGCACAGCGCCAGCGGGAGUUGUACAGUCAGCAGCACCGGCAGAGGCAGCUAAUACAGCAGCAGCGAGCCAUGCUCAUGAGGCAGCAAAGCUUUGGGAACAACCUCCCUCCCUCAUCUGGACUGCCAGUUCAAAUGGGGAACCCCCGUCUUCCUCAGGGUGCUCCACAGCAAUUCCCCUACCCACCAAAUUAUGGUACAAAUCCAGGAACCCCACCUGCUUCUACUAGCCCAUUUUCACAACUGGCAGCAAAUCCUGAGACAUCCUUGGCCAACCGCAGCAGCAUGGUGAACAGAGGCAUGACAGGAAACAUGGGAGGACAGUUUGGCACUGGAAUCAGUCCUCAGAUGCAGCAGAAUGUCUUCCAGUAUCCAGGAUCAGGAAUGGUUUCCCAAGGAGAGGCCAACUUCGCUCCAUCUCUCAGCCCUGGGAGCUCCAUGGUGCAGAUGCCAAUCCCUCCUCCUCAAAGCUCUCUGCUCCAGCAAACUCCACCCACUUCUGGCUACCAGCCACCAGACAUGAAGGCCUGGCAGCAAGGAGCAAUGGGAAACAGCAAUGUGUUCAGUCAAGCUGUCCAGAACCAGCCCACACCUGCACAGCCAGGAGUGUACAACAAUAUGAGCAUCACCGUGUCCAUGGCAGGUGGAAACACAAAUGUUCAGAACAUGAACCCCAUGAUGGGCCAGAUGCAGAUGAGCUCUUUGCAGAUGCAAGGAAUGAACACCAUUUGCCCUGAGCAGAUGAAUGAUCCAGCACUAAGACACACAGGCCUCUACUGCAACCAGCUCUCAUCCACUGACCUUCUCAAAACAGAAACAGAUGGAACCCAGCAGGUGCAACAGGUUCAGGUGUUUGCUGACGUCCAGUGUACAGUGAAUCUGGUAGGCGGGGACCCUUACCUGAACCAGCCUGGUCCGCUGGGAACUCAAAAACCCACAUCAGGACCACAGACCCCCCAGGCCCAGCAGAAGAGCCUCCUUCAGCAGCUACUGACUGAAUAACCACUUUUAAAGGAAUGUGAAAUUUAAAUAAUAGACAUACAGAGAUAUACAAAUAUAUUAUAUAUUUUUCUGAGAUUUUUGAUAUCUCAAUCUGCAGCCAUUCUUCGGGUCGUAGCAUUUGGAGCAAAAAAUAAAAAUUAAAAAAAAAGAGUUCACUUUUGUUGGGAGAUUGAGAGAUGUUUUUGUUUGCUUCUUUGUAAAGGCCUUGGAUAUUGAAGAAAAUAACAAGGCAGAACAGUUGGACAAUCUAUAUCUUGAGCCAAAAUUGCAUUAUUCUUAUUUUUAUAAUCAGUCAUUGGCUUCUUAUCUGAAUGAAGGCCUUUGGAGGAGAACCAAAAUGACAAGUUCCAAGGCGAAGAUGAAGCUCCACCUCCGUUGGCUCAGCCCCGACCCUGCUGAGGAAGAAGGGCCUGGUGGGGCUUUGCCUGUGCCCUCCAUUCGCCAAAGGCUAUCAUGUUUCUCUAAGUCAACAGCCCUCCCCUAUCCCUACCCCAGGCAGCUUGUGUGUACAAUCAGCUUCUUCUAGCAACUUUAUAUCUGUUGGCUUCAAGAGAAUAUUUUGCCUCCACAUACGUACCCCUUCUCCUUUUUUUAAGAUGGAUUUAAACCACAAUGUCUCCAAGAAAGAGGAAGAAAUGAGUAUAUUCACAGAGGAAUCCAAAAAAUACAGUUUGGGGGAAAUGCAAUAAUUUUUUGAUGAGAUGGGUGAAGGACAAGAAGCGAGUUCUGUCAGUUAUUGUAGAUACAAUGUUCUGAUUAAAUCUGGAAAAAAAGGCAGCCUGUUUUCUGCUUUUAUUGUAUUAACAGCUAAGGUAGCUAAAGUUAUUUAAAAUAAAAUUAAAUUUAUGACCCAAGUAGCUUAUUUUUCCCUUUAAAUCUCACUGUAAAUAUAUUUGAUUUCUUGUAGAAAUUGAUUUCCUUCUGUUUAAUUUUAUGCUUUUAUUAUCAUACUCUUGAUUUUUCUAAAUUUGUGUGUGAAAUAUAACAUUGAUUGAAUUGCAGUUACUUUUGGCUAAUAAUAUUUCAUUAUUUUAAUAACUGUGAUGCCAAGUAUGGGUUUACUUUGGGGUUUAAAUCCAAAUGCCACUGCCAGAAAGAGCUGUCGCAGAUGAGCUAGAGCAUACUGCCCUAGAGUGUCCCUGGGACCAGCUAAUUUGAAAGCAGUGCAAGGAAUUGUCACCAGAAGUGCACAGGCUACUUGUACAGAGAGAAAAUAGUGCUCAAAGGAAAUCUUCGUUUUUUAGAUUGACUUUGGGAGUUUGAGUUUUCAUCAGUGCAAGUAUCAGUUUCUCCGUCCUGCUCUGAGGCUAUUUGGCACCAUAUUUCCCUUUGUGCCUUGUCACUCUGCCACGUCCUGUCUCAUCCUGACCUCUGAGUCAAGGACCCAGUGAACUGACUCUCUAGUUCUAGAAGUUACACUGCAAGGCCAGGAAAGCUUGAGAAAGGCAUUGUGGAAGAAGCAAAGGUAGCACCCCAUCACUCACCUUAAACUGCACCCCUGGGCCCGUGAAUGAUGAUGACAUCUGACAUUCUGCACCAGCUACUUCUGCUUCCAUGGCAGAGAAAAGGCCAUAAGAACUAACCAUGGAAGAGGAGCAUGGACUCAGACUUCAAGGAAGAAGCCAUUUUCCCAGGUCCUCCUUUUCUGCAUCUCACUAUCCUUAGUUACAGAUAACUCCAUUGAACAGCAUCUAUUCAGAAACUAAACUGAAUAAAAAGAUUUGGUGGAAGGGCUCAAAUGGGUAGCGACUAUGAAACAAAUAGGACACUCAGUUAAAAACAUUAUCUCUUUUAGUUUUUCAGAAAAUGCAUCCCUGGUUUCAUUCACUUCCAGCUUGACUGCCCAGCCAUAUUACUCUAGUCCCUACCAGACUGCUAUAGCAGGUCAUUUCCAUUUUGUUUGUGAUAUUUAGAUGUGCAAACUUCAGGAAGUUCACCUUUAACUUCAGCAUUCCAGAUGAAGUUUCCUGACUCAGUGCUUUUGCAAAAGGAACUA